GAAUGUUUUUCUCAACCUAACCGCUUUGCCGAACUGACCAACCAAAGGAGAAACUUCAUAAAAAUGGCUGGAAGCGGCAAUAUAAUAGCCAGAUUGUUAAUUUGUGUCUUUAUUUAUUCUUAUUGUUUUUUUCCCCCGUAUGCUACAAAGUCGCCACAGACCUCAAUCAACGCAGACAGCGCAGGCGUGCUGGUGCUGGUGGUGGUGGUGAGUGGAACCGGCCGCAGGCAGGGGGCGGCAACAUGGCGGUGACAGCAGCAAAAGGCUCGGAGACGCGCAACGGAACCGAGAGAGCGACACACACACACUGCACACACACAGUCACACACAUGCACAGCUUUGUGUACGCAGCGCAGGUCAGUGUGCUCGGUUAACCGGCUGGCACCGACAACACACCGGGCUCACUCAACGCAACUCUCCAGAGUGGAUUUAACCUGUCAAGAGAGUGAUUUCUUGUUUUUGUUUUGUUUUCCGCGAGUGUUUUUGUCUUUUCUUUCUUUCUUUCUUUCUUUUUUCCCCCCCUCUUCUUGAUGCUCCAGAGCAGUGAUUAAACACAUAACAGAGAGAAGGAGAGAAAGCGUGUAGUAGCUCCUGAAGCCUCCCGGUUUGGGUGGACAUGACAAGCGAGAGACCGGUGACCAUGCCGGGCUCGCUGUCGCUCUCGAACCGACAACCUGCUCCAGGUCACGGGCGGAGCGCGGCUGCUGCCUCCGCCGCUGCUGCUGCUGCUGCUGCUGCCGGUGAGACAGUGAUGAUGUCCGGCUCAGGUUCAGUUCUCCUCCCGGCUGGGAUUAUCAAUCCGUCGGUACCCAUCCGGAAUAUCAAGAUGAAAUUCGCUGUUCUCAUCGGGCUGAUCCAGGUUGGAGAGGUUAGCAACCGGGAUAUUGUGGAAACGGUGCUGAAUCUGUUGGUGGGUGGCGAGUUUGAUUUGGAGACUCAUUUCAUUAUCCAAGAUGCGGAAAGCAUCGGCUGCAUGGUGGAGCUGUUGGAGCACUGUGACGCGACCUGCCAGGCCGAAAUCUGGAGCAUGUUCACCGCCAUCCUCCGGAAAAGCGUCCGAAACCUGCAAACCAGCACCGAAGUGGGCCUCAUCCAGCAAGUGCUGCUCAAAAUGAGCUCCGUGGACGACAUGAUCGCAGACUUGCUGGUGGAUAUGUUGGGAGUGCUGGCCAGCUACAGCAUCACAGUGAAGGAACUGAAGUUGCUCUUCAGCACGCUCAGAGGCGAAGGAGGCCUGUGGCCCAAGCAUGCAGUCAAAAUGUUGUCGGUGCUGAAUCAGAUGCCCCAGAGACACGGUCCAGAUGCCUUCUUCAACUUUCCCGGUCGCAGUGCAGCAGCGAUUGCUUUGCCUCCUAUUGCUAAGUGGCCUUAUCAGAAUGGCUUUACAUUCAACACCUGGUUCAGAAUGGACCCCUUGAAUAACAUCAAUGUGGGCAAGGACAAGCCAUAUCUCUACUGCUUUCGCACCAGCAAGGGCAUCGGCUACUCUGCACAUUUUGUUGGUAACUGCUUGAUCGUGACAUCACUCAAGUCUAAAGGAAAAGGUUUCCAGCACUGCGUGAAGUAUGACUUUCAGCCCAGGAAGUGGUACAUGAUCAGCAUCGUUCACAUCUACAGCCGCUGGAGGAACAGUGAGAUCAGAUGCUACGUUAAUGGGCAGCUCGUUUCUUAUGGAGACAUGGCGUGGCACGUCAACACAAACGAUAGUUAUGAUAAGUGCUUCCUCGGGUCCUCGGAGACAGCUGAUGCUAACAGAGUGUUCUGCGGGCAGCUAGGUGCCGUCUACGUGUUCAGUGAAGCCCUCAAUCCUGCACAAAUAUUUGCAAUUCAUCAGCUAGGACCAGGCUAUAAGAGCACCUUUAAAUUCAAAUCAGAGAGCGACAUCCACUUGGCAGAGCACCACAAGCAGGUGUUGUACGACGGCAAACUGGCCAGCUCCAUCGCCUUCACCUAUAACGCCAAGGCCACCGACGCCCAGCUCUGCCUGGACUCCUCGCCCAGAGAAAACGCCUCCAUCUUUGUGCACUCACCCCACGCCCUCAUGUUACAGGACGUGAAAGCCACAGUGACUCACUCCAUCCACAGUGCUAUUCACUCCAUUGGUGGGAUCCAGGUGCUUUUCCCCCUCUUUGCUCAGCUGGACUAUCAUCAGCUGAAUGACAACCAGGUGGAAACUACUGUCUGUGCCACUCUUCUGGCUUUUCUGGUUGAGCUGCUCAAGAGCUCCGUGGCCAUGCAGGAGCAGAUGCUGGGAGGAAAGGGCUUCUUGGUGAUUGGAUACCUGCUGGAGAAGUCCUCACGUGCUCACAUCACCAGGGCUGUGUUGGAGCAAUUCCUCUCCUUUGCAAAGUACCUGGAUGGUCUGACACACGGGGCACCACUGCUGAAGCAGCUGUGUGACCACAUCCUGUUCAAUGCUGCCAUCUGGAUCCACACCCCUGCUAAGGUGCAGCUCUCUCUCUAUACGUACCUCUCUGCUGAGUUCAUCGGCACCGCAACCAUCUACAACACGAUCCGUCGAGUGGGCACAGUGCUUCAGCUCAUGCAUAUGUUAAAGUACUACUACUGGGCCAUCAACCCCGCGGACGGCAGCAGCAUCACUCCAAAGGGUCUCGAUGGUCCAAGGCCAACCCAGAAAGAAAUCAUUUCUCUGCGGGCGUUCAUGCUUCUCUUCCUCAAACAGCUCAUCCUGAAGGACCAAGGUGUGAAGGAGGAUGAACUGCAGAGCAUCCUGAACUAUUUGUUAACAAUGCAUGAGGAUGAAAAUCUACAUGAUGUGUUGCAGUUAGUGGUAGCCCUCAUGUCUGAACAUCCAGCCUCCAUGAUCCCUGCGUUUGACCAGAGGAAUGGAAUACGGGUAAUCUACAAGCUCAUGGCCUCUAAGAGUGAAAGCAUCCGUGUGCAGUCUCUCAAAGUUCUUGGGUACUUCCUUAAGCAUUUGGGCCACAAGAGGAAGGUGGAGAUCAUGCACACACACAGCCUCUUCACUCUCCUGGGAGAGAGGCUCAUGCUGCACACCAACACAGUGACUGUGACGACCUACAACACUCUUUACGAGAUUCUGACAGAGCAGGUGUGCACACAGGUUGUUCACAAACCUCAUCCCGAGCCCGACUCCACCGUCAAGAUUCAGAACCCGAUGAUUCUCAAGGUGGUAGCAACUUUAUUGAAGAACUCCGCCCCCAGCACGGAGCUGAUGGAGGUCCGGCGCCUCUUCCUUUCAGAUAUGAUCAAACUUUUCAGCAACAGCCGAGAGAACAGGCGGUGUCUGCUUCAGUGCUCCGUGUGGCAGGACUGGAUGUUCUCUCUGGGCUACAUCAACCCCAAAAACUCUGAGGAGCAGAAGAUCACUGAGAUGGUGUACAACAUCUUUCGUAUUCUCCUGUACCACGCCAUCAAGUACGAGUGGGGAGGAUGGCGCGUGUGGGUGGACACACUCUCUAUAGCCCACUCUAAGGUGACAUACGAGGCUCAUAAAGAGUACCUGGCUAAGAUGUAUGAAGAGUACCAGCGUCAGGAGGAGGAAAAUAUUAAGAAAGGGAAGAAGGGUUUGGUCAGCACUAUCUCUGGUCUGUCUGCUCAAGCCUCUGGCAUCACUGGUGUGAUAGAGAUCAGAGAAAUGGACGAUAACUCCCAGACACCAGAGAGUGAGACAGACUAUGAGAGUGCCGACCCACGCAACCUGCUGGCUGAGGGGAAGACGUCUGUAGAGGGAAUGAAAGGAACGGAGGGUACUGUAGAUGGGGUCAGAGUUGAAGUCCAUGACCUCCUGGUGGACAUUAAGGCGGAGAAGGUGGAGGCAACGGAGGUUAAGCUGGAUGAUAUGGACUUAUCCUCUGAAACUUUAGGAGUAUCUGAGAACGGAGCGCUGGUGGAGGUGGAUUCUCUGCUGGAUAACGUUUACUGUGCAGCUGUGGAAAAGCUCAGCAGUAACGUCAGCAGCGUGUUAUUGCCAAAGGGAAGUAUCGAUGACCAAAAUGCAGCUCCUCUCAUUACGCUAGAUGAUGACAAAGACAGCAUCCCUCACAGCAACAACUUCCUGUUUGGGAAAGCAUCAGGAAGCGUCGAGGGCAAGCUACUGACUGAUCUCAGUCCAGCUGAGCCUCUAGUCCUGCCCAGCCCAGAGCUGCCAGUCAGCAGCAGUGCCAGUGAUGAACUUGGCCUUCUAGCUCACAUGACUGGCAGCUCCUUACCCAGCAUCCUGGAGAAGGAUGAGUUUGAACUACAGACGGCCCUGGAGGGUAUCAGCUCCGUGGCUGGUAGCGAGACUGAGACCCACAAAAGCCCAGAGGUCGCCGAGGGCACAGCUGCUGCAGAAUCUGAAGCAAACCUCUUGGCCGGUACGACCAGCAGUGCAGUCGACCCAACAGGCAACACGUCGGACACCGAGAGAUCAGACGAUGGCAAAGACAAGGAGGCGAGGAAGAUCCAGACAACAGCCACUACACAGAGUCUGCAUGGCCGCCUCAUCACUCAGAUGGAAAGGGACAUACGCGUGGACCUCGGCUUUAGGGGAGCGCCCAUGACAGAGGAACAGCGUCGACAGUUCAGCCCCGGCCCACGAACCACAAUGUUUCGCAUCCCAGAGUUCAAAUGGUCGGGCAUGCACCAGAGACUGCUCACCGAUCUGCUGUUCGCACUCGAGAGUGACGUCCAUGUCUGGAGGAGCCACUCCACCAAAUCUGUCAUGGACUUCGUUAAUAGUAAUGAGAACAUCAUUUUCGUCCACAACACCAUCCAUCUCAUCUCUCAAAUGGUGGACAACAUCAUUAUCGCCUGCGGAGGGAUUUUGCCUCUCCUCUCAGCGGCCACCUCUCCUUCUACGGAGCUGGAGAACAUCGAGGCGACGCAGGGCAUGUCCUCAGAGACCGCCAUCACAUUCCUGUCCCGCCUCAUGGUUAUGGUAGACGUCUUGGUGUUCUCGAGCUCCCUCAACUUCAGUGAGAUCGAGGCUGAGAAGAACAUGUCCUCCGGUGGCCUGAUGCGUCAGUGCCUCAGACUUGUGUGUUGUGUGGCUGUUAGGAACUGCCUGGAGUGCAGGCACAGACACAGAGAAAGGGGAAAUACGUCUUCCAUUCCCAACAACAAGACUCAGGAAAUCAUGCAAAAUGCUGUGACCUCCAGCAAGACAGCCAUAGAGACUGUCCCUAGUAACCUGUCUCCCAUCAAGGACCCUGAUCGCCUUCUGCAGGACGUGGAUAUCAAUCGUCUUCGCGCUGUGGUGUUUCGUGAUGUGGAUGACAGUAAGCAAGCCCAGUUCCUGGCUUUAGCUGUGGUGUAUUUCAUCUCUGUCCUCAUGGUCUCCAAAUACCGCGACAUCCUGGAGCCCCAGCGUGAGACUGCCAGGAUAAGUGGCCAGUCGGGCCGCAGCAUGCGUCACGAGAUCAACUCGCCAACCAGCACAGAAACACCCCCUACAUUUGAAAACAACCACGUGCCGCCAGAAGACCUUCGCAUAGAGCACUCUCUCCCCCACACUGACUCUGGGAUUGGAGAGGAGCAGGUAGCCAGCGUCUUCAACGGGUCCGACCUGGAUCUCAGCAUGAGAGGGCUGGGCGCCAUGAGCGAGCUGAUAUCCACGCUGUCCUCGGAGGUGAAGAAGUCCCAGGAGAGCCUGUCCACUGUGGAGGCGCUCAAAUCGUCAUCCUCCUCCUCCUCCAUCAUCAGCAUGAGUCAGACCAAUAAGGGCAUCAAUGUCAAGGAGAUUUUAAAGAGCCUGGUAGCAGCUCCGGUGGAGGGGACGGAGCCUGGCCUGGAGCCUGUGCCGUACCCCGACCUCGCGGCCAAGGCCCAGGCCCAGGCCAUGCUUCCCAUGCAGUUUCACUCCUUUGACAGGAGUGUGGUGGUGCCUGUGAAGAAAACCUCCCCUGGCAGCUUAGCAGUUAACACAGUUGGAAGCAGCAGCAGCACCAGCACCUCUCCCGGCCUGACAAGUGGCAGCUCCCCCAACAUCUUUGCUGCUGCCUCCACGACCCCCAAAAGCAUGAUCAACACCACGGGUGCCACUGAUGCGGCAGCGUCUUCCUCCUCCUCUUCCUCCAGUUUUGUCAACGGAGCCACCAGUAAAAAUCUUCCGGCCGUGCAGACAGUGGCCCCCAUGCCUGAGGACACAGUAGAGAACAUGAGCAUUACUACCAAGCUGGAGCGGGCCUUGGAGAAAGUGGCACCCCUGCUGAGAGAAAUCUUUGUGGACUUUGCACCUUUCCUGUCGCGCACCCUGCUGGGCAGCCACGGACAAGAGCUACUCAUAGAAGGUCUUGUGUGUAUGAAGUCGAGCACCUCGGUGGUGGAGCUCGUCAUGCUGCUUUGUUCUCAGGAGUGGCAGAACUCCAUUCAGAAGAAUGCGGGCCUGGCAUUCAUUGAGCUAAUCAACGAAGGAAGGUUGCUCUGCCAUGCCAUGAAGGAUCACAUAGUUCGGGUCGCCAACGAGGCUGAAUUCAUCCUGAACCGGCAGCGAGCGGAGGACGUCCACAAACAUGCGGAGUUUGAGUCCAACUGUGCCCAAUACGCUGCUGACAGAAAAGACGAAGAGAAGAUGUGUGACCACCUGAUCAGCGCUGCUAAACACAGAGACCAUGUGACAGCCAACCAGCUAAAGCAGAAAAUUGUCAACAUCCUCACCAACAAGCACGGAGCCUGGGGGACCCUGGCCCAGAGUCAGCUGCACGACUUCUGGCGUCUCGAUUACUGGGAAGAUGACCUGCGGCGGAGGCGGAGAUUUGUCAGAAAUCCUUUCGGCUCCACCCACUUAGAUGUCACAUGCAAGUCACUGCAGGAGUAUGGCUCGGAGGAAGCCGAGGUGGUCAAGUCCAAGAUGGUCUUCCGCAGCCCGACUGUGGCCGGCCAGAACGUUGAGACAGAGCUGGUGCUGGAUGGGGACGACGAUGCCGGCAGCCUGCUGCAGGAGAAGGAAAUGGACAACCUGGGUGGCCCAGUGGUCCUGAGCAGCCCGGCUCAGCUCGUUGCCCCUGUCCUGGUGGCCCGGGGGACUCUGUCUAUCACCACCACUGAAAUCUACUUUGAGGUGGACGAGGAUGACCCUGCCUUCAAAAGGGUCGACCCAAAGGUCUUAGCAUACACCGAGGGGUUACAUGGCAAGUGGAUGUUCAGUGAGAUCCGGGCGGUCUUCUCCAGACGCUACCUCCUGCAGAACACAGCCAUGGAGGUUUUCAUGGCCAACAGGACAUCAGUCAUGUUCAACUUCCCUGACCAGGCCACAGUGAAGAAAGUGGUCCACAGUCUCCCUCGAGUAGGAGUGGGCACCAGCUAUGGACUUCCACAAGCCAGGCGUAUCUCCCUUGCCACCCCACGGCAGCUUUUCAAAUCCUCCAACAUGACCCAGCGCUGGCAGAGGAGGGAAAUAUCCAACUUUGAGUACCUCAUGUUUCUCAACACUAUAGCAGGGAGGACAUACAAUGACCUGAACCAGUACCCGGUCUUUCCCUGGGUCCUCACCAACUAUGACUCAGAGGAGCUGGACUUGACCUUGCCAGGGAACUUCAGAGAUCUCUCGAAGCCUGUCGGUGCUCUGAACCCAAAGCGUGCGGCUUUUUAUGCUGAACGCUACGAGACAGGGGAGGAUGACCAGAUGCCACCUUGUCAUUACAACUCCCACUACUCCACCGCUGCCAACACCCUGCACUGGCUUGUCAGAAUAGAGCCCUUCACCACCUUCUUCCUCAGUGCCAAUAAUAACAAAUUCGACCACCCGGACCGCACAUUUUCAGCCAUCACCCGCUCCUGGAGGAACUGUCAGAGGGACACGUCUGAUGUAAAGGAGCUGAUUCCUGAGUUCUACUACCUCCCGGAGAUGUUUGUCAACAGCAACGGCUACCAUUUGGGCAUGAGGGAGGACAGGAACAUGGUUUGUGACGUGGACUUGCCAGCCUGGGCCAAGAAGCCUGAAGAUCUUGUGAGGAUAAACAGGAUGGCCUUGGAAAGCGAGUUUGUGUCAUGUCAGCUGCAUCAGUGGAUUGACCUUAUUUUCGGCUACAAGCAGCGAGGCCCGGAGGCGGUGCGCGCCCUCAACGUCUUUCACUACCUGACUUACGAGGGCUCCGUCAGCCUGGACAGUAUCACUGACCCUUUGCUCAGAGAGGCCACGGAGGCACAGAUCCAGAGCUUUGGACAGACGCCAUCUCAGUUGCUUAUUGAGCCACAUCCUCCACGCAGCUCCGCCAUGCACCUGUGUUUCCUUCCACAGAGUCCUCUAAUGUUCAAGGACCAGAUGCAGCAGGAUGUCAUCAUGGUGCUGAAGUUUCCGUCCAAUUCGCCCGUUACGCACGUGGCUGCCAACACUCUGCCCCAUCUGACCAUACCUGCUGUGGUCACCGUCACCUGCAGCCGCGUGUUUGCCGUCAACCGAUGGCACAACACUGUCGGUCUCCGAGGAGCACCGGGCUACUCUCUGGAACAGGCCCAUCACCUGCCAAUAGAGAUGGAUUCUCUGGUUGCAAACAAUACUGGAAGCAACAAGCGUCAGAUCACAGACCUAGUGGACCAAAGCAUCCAAAUCACCACACACUGUUUUGUGGUGACAGCUGACAACCGCUACAUCCUGGUGUGUGGCUUCUGGGACAAGAGCUUCCGUGUGUACUCCUCUGAGACAGGCAAGCUGACCCAGAUAGUUUUUGGCCACUGGGACGUGGUGACAUGUCUGGCCAGGUCGGAGUCGUACAUCGGUGGAGACUGCUACAUCGUCUCCGGGUCCAGGGAUGCUACGUUGCUGCUGUGGUACUGGAGUGGUCGACACCACAUCAUUGGUGACAACCCCAAUAACAGCGACUACCCUGCACCACGAGCUAUUCUGACCGGUCAUGACCAGGAAGUCGUGUGCGUGUCAGUCUGUGCAGAGCUCGGCCUUGUGAUCAGUGGAGCCAAAGAAGGUCCGUGUCUGGUUCACACCAUCACAGGGGACCUGCUGCGGGCUCUGGAAGGACCAGACCACUAUCAGAGCCCGCGGCUCAUCACAGUGUCCAGCGAGGGUCACUGCAUCAUCUACUACGAGAGGGGCCGCUUCUGCAACUUCAGCAUUAAUGGAAAACUGCUGGCACAGAUGGAGGUCAACGAUUCCACCAGGGCAAUUCUCCUGAGCAGCGACGGUCACAACCUGGUGACGGGUGGAGACAACGGUGUGGUGGAGGUGUGGCAGGCUUGUGACUUCAAACAGCUCUACAUCUACCCCGGCUGUGAUGCAGGCGUCCGAGCCAUGGACUUAUCACACGAUCAAAGGACGUUGAUCACAGGCAUGGCUUCUGGCAGCAUCGUGGCAUUUAACAUAGAUUUCAACCGCUGGCACUACGAGCAUCAAAACAGGUACUGAGACGCUGGUGUGGAGGUUUAAAAGGAACGCCUACCGACCAGUGAUGAGCUGUGCUGGAGGAGAUCCGAAGAGCAUGGAGGAGAUCUAGAGAGAGAGAGAACGUCCGUGUGGUACAGGACUAGAUGCCCUUGCGUCUGGGCCAAACGUGCAGCUAUUUGUCUGCUGCUGAACAAUCUGGACUGUUUUUUUUCUUCCAUGUCUUACCUGAGCAUCAGCUGAAGAAUUUCCCCAGCUGAGUUGAGCAGCUCUGUUGUUCUGGAUAAGGAGAGACUGAGAUCAACUUAAAAUUGACAACAAUUAUACAUAAAACAUACAUAAUGUUCCCGUCCUGAAACUGUGAAAAUGCAAAACAUAAUGAAACCUCUGUUGGGAGCAUUUAUACAACAUUUGUAUGGCAGAUACUUGGAACACUUUUCUAAGAAAAUAAAAAAACAAACUGUAAAUACGGAGAGUCUGAAGGCUGGAAAAGAUCUAAAUGCUGUUAGACUAGCCGCCAUGUUAACAUUUCCAUCACGCAAGCCAUGUCUAAAUGUUGAAGGUGUCUUCACUGCACUUCAGAUAUUAGUUGGUUAGUUCCAUGUAUAAGACCAUUGUUUGCUCAUCAUUGUUACAGUGGUCACAUGUGUGUGUACGUGAAAAGGCGAUGUUCAAAGUUGAUUUGUUGUGUUUGAGUGUCUCGAUGGAACAAAAGUCUAAUUCAGUGUGAGCUCUGUCCCUUGUGAAAAAUGUUUUCCAUCAAAAAGAAAAAUAAAUUGUGAUAUUUCCAUAUUUAAGUUGAAGACUUUAUUAAUGAAAAGUUACUAUAAGACUGUAAACAUCUGGAACAUCAGUUUAUAUUUAAAGGUAUUUUGCUUUGCCAUUUUGAUUUAGUCCCAAAACAGAGGAAUUAAAACCAGAUUUGCAAAGAUUAACAAGUUUGUGGUAAAGCGGUUCAGAUGUUUUGUAGUCUUUUUUGCAAACAAUACUGUUUCUUGUGCAUCUCAUCGUUUUCUUGAGUUGGAACAAAUGUUUGCUUGUCCCUUUUAAAAUACGUGAAUUUGUGAACACCAGGUCACGCUUUAACUCCAUGCAUUGGUAAGCAAUAUUAUGACUCAGUUGCUAAACAGAUCUAAGAAAGGUUUUCAGCAAUGAGGGUAAAAAAAAUAUAUUUAAUGAACUAUUUUUAGUAUGAUAUGAAAGCUAUUAUGUCUGCAUUGAAUCGCAGAGAUGAGAAGUCAGUGAGUCGUUUAAAUGAACAAAAAUAUGCAAAUAAAUGGUUCUUUUUGUUUUGUUUUUUUACAGGCACUACAUGAAUCCACUCUACUGAAAGUGGAAAUUUUGCAUGCUAAGAGAUUCUGAAGGCAGUAGCUUUACAUUUCCAUCCUUUGAAAUCAUUGUAAUUUUAAAUUUAAGUGGGGAAAAACACAUUUUGGAAAUGAUAUGCUUGAAUGUUUUAAUUUACAUAUUUUUGUUUUGGAUGAAGGACGUGUUUGGAGGCUAUGUGAAAACAUGUUUUUUUAAUGACUUUAUUGGAAGCAAUUUCACAGGUAGCAACAUGACAGUACAAUGUGACUUCCAUUCUUUCAUUAAAACCUUGUUUUUAAUAAAACUAAAGAAAGAGGAA